CGUCACCUGAAUGGUGGUGAAAGCGAAAGUAAAAUGUGGGUCUUGCAGGGGAAAACCAGAUACUAAAACACACUUCAGUGUUCAUUGUUAAGUAAAGAACAGACCUGAGACAAACAGGGAAACAAAGAAACAUGACGGACUUUUCUACAAUUUAUAAAUUAUCUGUUGUUGCUCUAAUCGGCUUCAUUCAAGCCAGCAGCAGCAGCAGCAGUAGCAGCAGCAGCAGCAGCAGCAGCAGAUGCCCGGUGCUGGAGUGCUGGUUUGUGCAGGAGAAGGCGGGUCGAGGAGGAGGUCUAACCGGAGCUACGACACAAGAAAAAUCCCUUCUCCACAUCAGAACUGAAGCAGAAAGCUACGACCCCGAGUCCCAGCGCCCUCCUUCUGACAUCGACCCUAACAGAAUCUACAUCAUCACAGACCCCGCAGCCACUCUCUGCCAUCGCUCCUUCAACGCCCCCCGAGGCUCCAUCAAAAAGCCUCAGUGUGAGAUCAACCCCUUCCUGCCACAGCCCUCCAGCCUCAGAUGGGUGGCCUCUCUGACAGACUCCGCCCUCAGCCCCAUUUACCUGCAAGCUGAUUGGUUCUCAGCUUCCUUCCAGGGUCUGGACAAGCAGCUGGGGGUCUCUGCCAUCACACGAGCUCCGACAGGAACCAAAGAACACGAAGUGAUCCUGAGCGUCACCAGUAAAACCAUGUCCGCUAAGACCAGACUCGGAGACCCCGUCACUCUGGACUGUGGCUUCUGGGCCGACUCCUCCUCGCCUCUCGUCACGUCGGGUUUCUCCGUGGAGUGGCGGUACCAGACCAGAGGGGACGGGCGGCUCGUCCUGGCUUACGACGGGAARACGGACCGGCUGGCGGACACCCACGAGGAGGGGGCCACUCUGGACUUCGAGGGUCUGCACAAGAACGGGAACGCCUCCCUGAUCCUGGAGGAGGCUAAGGUCCGCCACACUGGGACGUACAUCUGCACGGUUUACCUGCCCUACCUGCUGGCUCAGGUGGCCAUGGAGCUGGAGAUCGUAGAACCUCCGUCCCUCUCCCUCCACCCCUCCACUCUGCCCCUGGCUGUCCCGGGUCAGACCGUAAAAAUCCACUGCGAGGCGUCCGGCUUCGCCCCCCUCCCUCUGGAGCUGAGCUGGGAGUUUAAAGGCGCCGACAGGACCACCCGGGCUCUGGGGACGGGCAGCGUGUCGGGCCACAGGCAGGCCUGGGACGGCACCUACAGCCAGAGCACCCGGCUGGAGCUGGACCUGUCCAAACUGGACCUGGGCCGAGGUGGUGAGGUCACCUGUGUGGCUGUUCACGCUGGGGGGACCCGACGGGCCAGCAUGACCCUCAGCAUCAUCGGGUUCAGCUCUCCCUCCAUUGAAGACUCCAUGGCCAUGGUGGGUGUGGCUCUGGUGCUCUACGGCCUCAUCAAGUUUGUUUCCUGGACUUUCACUGGAUCAGGCCCAGAGAAAACUAAUGGACAAGAGAAGAAAGAGAAUUAAAGGUGAUGGACGUCAACUGAUGGAAAGUUUGUUAUAAACCACUGAUUAAAGCAGAAACCAGCUUUAAAUUCAGAUAAUUAAAUUUUUUACAGCUAUGAUGGUGGUCAGUCUGUCGUUUUUCCAUUAAUUUGUAAGAAAAGUUUAUUUCAUUCAUAUCUGAAGGUACAGAGGUCUUGGAAAGUUGAUAUUUUUACUAUUUUAUGCCUGUUCUGUGUUUUUUAUGUAAAUAUUUAA